AUGUAUACUAUCGAGUUCCAGAAACGAGGCCUACCACCCGCCCAUAUCCUCCUGUUCUUGCAUCCUACAAGCAAGCUUCCCAACAAAGACGAUAUGGACAAGCUCAUAUCUACAGAAAUUCCUGAUAAGGAAGAAGAACAAGAACUCUACGAAGUGAUUAAAGAUAUGAUGAUUCAUGGACCAUGUGGAGCUGCUAUUAAGAAUUCCCCAUGCAUGGAAAAUAGAUUGUGCUCAAAGUUAUACCCUAAGUCAUUUUCUGAGAAGACAACCAUUAAUAAAGAAGGAUUUCCGAUAUAUAGGAGAAGGAAGCAAUCUGAUUGUUUUGUCGAGAAACAUGAGGUCAAAUGUUAUAAUCGAUUUGUCAUUCCUUACAACAGGAGACUAUCUCUUCGUUGUCGAGCUCACAUUAAUGUAGAAUGGUGCAACCAAGCUGGUUCUAUUAAGUACUUAUUUAAAUACAUCAACCAAGGACAAGAUCGUGUUAUAGUGGCUGUUGAGCCUCCUGCUCAUAUUGUUGACACUAUGUAUACUAUCGAGUUCCAGAAACGAGGCCUACCACCCGCCCAUAUCCUCCUGUUCUUGCAUCCUACAAGCAAGCUUCCCAACAAAGACGAUAUGGACAAGCUCAUAUCUACAGAAAUUCCUAAUAAGGAAGAAGAACCAGAACUCUACGAAGUGAUUAAAGAUAUGAUGAUUCAUGGACCAUGUGGAGCUGCUAUUAAGAAUUCCCCAUGCAUGGAAAAUAGAUUGUGCUCAAAGUGCAUGAACCUAAGAAGUAGAGGCACUACACAUCUUACUCCCUUGACAGAUAUCAAAACACUUGAAAGAGAGAACAAGAGAAGGUUAAGACAAGAAGAGCAAGAGGCUCAGAUACAAAGAUCAGAACCUAUGAUGGAACCAGUUCCAGAACAACCUCAAGCUGAAGAGGGCAAUGGUCAAGGAGCUGCCAACCUUCGACCUCGACAACCACAACGCCAAGCUAGAGCCAUCGGUACAUAUGAUCAACCGAACAUAAAUGGGAAUAGGUUGGGCAUUAGGGCACCCCCAGUUGCCAACAAUAAUUUCGAGAUCAUGUCCAGCCUCAUCAACAUGAUUGAAAACAACAAGUACCAUGGACUUGCGUUGGAAGACCCACUAGAUCACCUUGACAGAUUUGAUAAGUACUGUGGCUUGUCAAAAACAAAUGGAAAGGCCUUCCUCAACAAGUUCUUCUCUGCUACAAGGACUGCCAACCUUAGAAAUCAGAUCUCUGGUUUUCAACAAAGAGGACUUGAAGGAUUUUCAGAGGCAUGGGAGAGAUUCAGAAGCUACUUGUCUCAAUGUCCCCACCAUGGCUUCAACAAUGAGAGCUUGCUAAGCACUUUCUACAGAGGAGUCUUGCCUAAAUUCAAAAGCCAGCUUGACACUGCAAGCAAUGGAAACUUCUUGGGGAGGACUGUCGAAGAUGCUUUAGAACUCUUGGAGAACAUGGCACAGAGUGACUCUGUCUACAAUGAUGAAUAUGAUAGAAGAGACAGAGGUGGUGGAGGAGAAGAUAUGACCACAAAGAGAGAGCUGAAAGCACUUCAAGACAAGAUUGACAUGCUACUAUCAGAAAAGACCAAGAAAGAGGAGUUACAUAUGGUUGCUGAAGUUGAUGGAGUAGAAUGCCAAGAAGAUAUGUACUAUGUCAAUGCUCAGGCUGAUCGAUCUGUCAAGCUCCCCAUUGGCAUCCUAGAAGAUCUUCCUGUCAAGAUAGGAAAUUGUGAAGUGCCUACUGACUUUGUAGUGCUUGAGAUGGAUGAAGAGCCUAGAGAUCCUUUGAUCUUUGGAAGACCUUUCUUGGCAACUGCUGGAGCAAUGGUGAAUGUGAGAGAUGGCACAAUUGAUCUCCACCUUGGAAAAGAUCACAUUCUCCAUUUUGAUAUCAAGGAGAUGAUGAAGAAGCCCACAACUCAAGGAGAAAUAUUCUACAUUGAUGAGAUGGAUGCCUUGGCUGAUGAUUUCCUUGAGGAGUUAGCGAUUGAGGACUCUCUUCAACAUGCCCUGACCAUUGAAAGAGAGACCCAAAUGAUUGAAAACAAAGAGAGUGAUGAGCUAGUAAGAAGGCUAGAUGUUCACCUUGAGGAGGAUGGAAAAGAUGAGUUCAUGGAGUUGCCACAAAUGACUCAACAUGCUGCCUCAGCAGACAUUCAAGAGAACCUCCAUGAAGCUGAUUGGAGUGAGCUCAAGGCACCAAAAGUGGAGCUUAAACCUCUUCCCCAUGGUGUAAGGUAUGCUUUCCUUGGACCUAAUGAGACAUAUCCUGUCAUUGUGAGUAGUGAGCUGACUGAGAAUGAAUUGUCUAUGCUUUUAAAUGAACUUAAAAAGUAUAGAAAAGCACUAGGAUACUCACUUGAUGACAUUAAAGGAAUCUCACCAUCUUUGUGCAUGCAUAGGAUACAUCUAGAGGAUGAAUCUAAAACUUCAAUUGAACACCAAAGAAGAUUAAAUCCUAAUUUGAAAGAUGUUGUUAAAAAAGAGAUAAUCAAAUUGUUAGAUGCUGGUGUGAUCUAUCCUAUCUCUGAUAGCAAUUGGGUUUCACCUGUGCAUGUAGUUCCUAAAAAAGGUGGCAUAACAGUUGUUAAGAACGAAAAUGAUGAGUUAAUACCAACAAGAACAAUAACUGGACAUAGGAUGUGCAUUGACUAUCGAAAACUGAAUGCAGCCUCUAGAAAGGAUCAUUUCCCUUUACCAUUCAUUGAUCAGAUGUUAGAGAGGCUAGCUAACCAUCCUUAUUAUUGUUUCCUUGAUGGAUACUCUGGAUUUUUCCAAAUCCCUAUACACCCAAAUGACCAAGAGAAAACGACAUUCACUUGUCCUUAUGGUACCUUUGCAUAUCGAAGGAUGCCAUUUGGACUGUGCAAUGCACCAGCAACAUUCCAAAGAGCAAUGAUGUCAAUUUUCUCUGAUCUUAUUGAGGAUGUAAUGGAGGUGUUUAUGGAUGAUUUUUCUGUAUACGGUUCUUCGUUUGCUACUUGUUUGUCAAAUCUUUGCAGGGUAUUACAGAGAUGUGAGGACACUAACCUGGUGCUCAAUUGGGAGAAGUGUCACUUCAUGGUCAAGGAAGGGAUUGUUCUUGGACACAAAGUUUCUGAGAAAGGAAUUGAAGUGGACAAAGCCAAGAUAGAUGUCAUGGUUGGUCUAGCUCCACCAAGAACAGUGAAGGAUAUAAGAAGCUUUCUGGGUCAUGCCGGUUUCUAUAGAAGAUUCAUCAUGGAUUUCUCUAAGAUAGCUAGACCAUUGACCAGGCUGUUAUGCAAAGAAGCUGCAUUUCACUUCGAUGAGGAGUGUAUGGAAGCUUUCAAAAACCUGAAGAAUGCACUCAUCAGUGCACCCAUAGUUCAACCGCCAGAUUGGGAUCUCCCCUUUGAGAUCAUGUGUGAUGCAAGUGACUUUGCUGUAGGAGCAGUCCUAGGCCAGAAGAGAGACAAGAAGUCACAUGUGAUCUACUAUGCAAGUAGAACCCUUGAUGAAGCUCAAGCUAAAUACUCUACAACUGAGAAGGAGCUAUUGGCCAUUGUCUUUGCAUUUGAGAAGUUCAGAAGCUACUUGGUUGGGUCAAAGGUGACUGUCUACACUGAUCAUGCUGCAUUGAGACACCUCUUAGCCAAGAAAGAUGCAAAACCAAGACUGUUGAGGUGGAUUCUGCUGCUACAAGAGUUUGAUCUUGAGAUCAAGGACAGGCCUGGAGUUGAGAAUGGAGUAGCUGAUCACCUGUCCAGGUUGAAGGUGGAGUGUGGAAUCCCUAUUGAUGACAGACUUCCAGAAGAGCAAAUGAUGGCUAUUCAUGCAGUGGUAGCUGUUUGUGAGACAGGAAAGAAACUUGAAGAGGUGAAGGCGGCUGAUGAGAAGGGUCCUUGGUAUGCUGAUAUAGUCAACUACUUAGCUAGUGGAAAAGAGCCAUUGAACCUUGAAGGUUAUGCCAAGAAGAAGUUCUAUAAGGAUGUGAAGAGAUAUUAUUGGGAUGAGCCUUACCUCUACAUACUUUGUAGAGAUCAACUCUAUAGAAGGGCAGUGGCUGAAGAAGAAAUUGAUGGGAUCCUUACACAUUGUCAUGGAUCAUCCUAUGGAGGCCACUUUGCUACAUUUAAGACAGUUGCAAAGGUGCUACAAGCUGGAUUUUGGUGGCCUCACAUGUUUAAAGACACCCAAGACUUUGUCUCAAGGUGUGACUCUUGUCAAAGAAGAGGAAACAUCACCAAGAGGAAUGAAAUGCCUCAAAACCCCAUCCUAGAAGUUGAAGUGUUUGAUGUCUGGGGUAUUGACUUCAUGGGGCCUUUUCCUUCAUCUUAUACCAACAAGUACAUACUGGUGGCUGUAGAUUAUGUCUCUAAGUGGGUUGAAGCAAUUGCAAGUCCAACCAAUGAUGCAAAGGUGGUUCUAAAAAUGUUCAAGAGCAUAAUCUUUCCAAGACUGAAGUUGUUUCCAGGCAAGCUCAAGUCAAGGUGGUCUGGUCCUUUCAAGGUUAAAGAGGUUAAACCUUAUGGAGCAAUAGUUUUGUGGAGUUCUGAUGGAAGAGAGUUCACCAUCAAUGGACAAAGGGCUAAGCUUUACUUGGGAACCAAAUCGGAAGACCUGGGAACUUCAGUUCCACUUUCCGAUCCAACCACAUUUGGAAGGUGCUCAGGAAGAGGAAAGGUUUCAAAAGAGGCUAGGAAAGAAACACAAGUGCUGUGGAGACAUGCUCAUAGCGACCUCCUCAUGUUGCUACGACCAAACGAGGAGAAUGCAAUAUUUGGCUAA